AUGGUAAGUGAUAAGGAUAAUAAAGUAGAUGCCAUGUUAUAUGAGCCCCUUAAAAAUAAAGAUUCUAAUUUCUUGGAGAAAUGUGAAUAUACAAAAAAAUUAAAUGAAGAAAACAAACAGGAAAAAAUAAUUAUAGAUGGACAAGGAAAUAGCUUGGAUGAGAAAAGAAAAAAAAACCUAAUAAAAAAUAAUGAAGAUAUAUUAAGAAAUGCCAAUAAUUAUAUGAAAAAUGAUAAUAAACCUCAGGUACAUAUAAAUAAAGGUAUUACUAUAUCUAACAAAACAAAUAAUAAUAAUCACAUUUCAAUCAUAGAAGAAUCCAAAAGAAUGGAUGUAAUGUCUUCUAAUGAUGAAGAAAAAAAAGAAAUUACAACAAAUGUAAAGGAAAUUGAUGUGGACGAGAAAAAAAAAAAAACGAUAAUAAUAAAUAAUGAAGACAUACUAAAAGAUAAUUAUAAUUAUAAUAAUAUAAUUACUUGUAAUAAUAAUAUGAGAAAUAAUAUACUUAAUAUGAAUGUAAAUAAAGAUGAAAAUAUAUUAUCUGAAAAAGGUAAUAAGACAGAUAACACAUCUAUCUUAACAGAUUCAAAUAAAAAAAAACAAGUUUCCUUUUUUUCACAGGUAGAGAAAAAUAUUAUUCAACAAUCAAAAGGAAAUAUUGAAAAAAAAAAAAAAUAUAUAAAUGAAGAAAAAGAAGAAAAGGAAGAAUUAUAUUCAAAAGAACCAACUAAUAAUAUAUUAUCUACAGAACAAUUUAAUGAAGAUAUUUCAAAUACAAAAAUUUUGAAAAAAAAUGAAAUUCAUAAUAAAGUUACUGAAAAAAAUAAUAUAAGUGUAAAAGAAAAAAAUCAUAUAAAUACAUCUUCAAAAAGUAAUAUAUAUAUUGGUUCGAAAAAGAAUAUAUCUAACCCUUCACAAAAAAAUAUAUCUGUUCCUUCUCAAAGGAAUAGAUAUAUUCCCUCACAAAAUAAUUCCCCUAGAAAGACACUUAUGACAUCUCAAAAUAACAAAGUGACGAAAAUUAUUAAAUCAAUUAAUGAGAAAGAACAGAAUAAAGGAAAUGAUAGAAAGACAAAAUAUAACGAUAAUAAUAAUACGAAAAAUUUAACUUGUAGUUCAAAAAUAUUAAGAAAUGAUUUGAAAAAAGAAAAAAGUAAUACAGAGUUAUCUAAAAAGAAUACACUAGAUAUGUGUUCAUUUGCUACUAAUACUAUUAAAGAAACUACUCUAAUUAGCGAUAAAAAAAAAAAAAGAAAUCCAUAUGAAACAUCUUUAGAAACUAAAUUAAACAUUUUGAAUAAGAGAAUUAGAUGCUUGACAUCAUUCGAACAUUUUAAAGAUGGUUCAACAACCUUACGAAAUAAUCAAACUGAUGGAAAAUUUAAGGAGUUAUUAUUAUCUCAUGAAUCUAUUACAAAAAAUAAUAAGAUAACAAAUGGUGGCAAUCCUUUGAAUAAUAAUAUAUCAUGUGAUAAUAUGAAUAGUAACAAUAUAAGUCCUGAACAUAAUUCAUGUGAUUAUAAUAAAAAUAACGUUCUCUUAUUAUUAACGAGAGAUUUUAGAAUUAAAGAUAACUGGGCCCUCAUAUAUGCAUAUGAACAAGCCAAAAAAAAAAAAACUAAUUUAUAUGCAUGCACCUAUUUAAAUAGAAAAGAAGAAUUUCCUAAAAGACAUAUAGAUAUCAAAUUAAAGGUUUUAAAAAAUUUAGAAGAAAACAUGAAAAUAAAAUUGAAUAUACCAUUUUAUGUAUUAGCAAUUUAUAUGAUAGAUGAAUUUAUGGAAUUUCUAAGAAUUCAUGAAAUAAAAACUAUUAUUUGUGAUUUUAAUCCCCUAAAUCAGACUAAAAUAUUUAUACAAAAUUUAGUAGAAUUAUCAAAUAAAAAAAAAAUAAAAAUAAUUCAAGUGGAUUCACAUAAUAUUGUUCCCAUGUGGCUAACAUCUAACAUAGAAGAAAAUUCUUCAAGAACUAUAAAACCAAAAAUACAAACACAUCUUUCAACUUUUCUUAUUGAAUAUAUAGAAUUAGAAAUGUUUGAUCAAAUUAUUAAAUAUCCUGAACCAUUUUCUAUAUCUGAAGUUUUUAAUAAACUCACAGUAUAUAUUCCUUGUCCUGUCUUAUUGAACUUUGUAUGUACUGAGGAAAAGGCUCAUGAAAUAUUACAAAAUUUCUGUUCACACAAAUUGGAAAAAUAUAACUUGAAGAAAAAUGAUCCCAACAGUGAAAUGACUAAUCUCUUGACACCUUAUAUUAACUUUGGAAUUAUCUCAUCUCAAAGGUGUGUUUUGGAAGUCAACAAGUACGCACACAACUUCCCUUCCAUUAACACCAUCCGUGGAAAAGAAACAUUCAACGAAGAAAUGGUAAUGAAAAAAGAGCUAGCUGACAAUUUCUGUUAUUACAAUAAAAAUUAUGACAAUUUUAAUGGAGGAAAAGACUGGGCAAAAGAUUCUUUAAAAAAACACGAUGCAGAUAAAAGAGAAUAUUUAUAUGAUUAUGAAGACUUCAAAAAUGCUAAGACACAUGAAGAUUUAUGGAAUUGUGCUCAAUUGCAAUUAAUUAAUGAAGGUAUAAUUCAUGAAUUUUUGAGAAUGUAUUGGUGCAAACAAAUUCUGAACUGGUCAGGCAAUUCGAAAACAGCUUUAAAAUAUGCCAUGAAAUUAAAUGAUGAUUUUGCUAUUGAUGCAAAAAGUCCAUAUGGAUAUGUUUCAAUCAUGUCCUCAAUUAUGGCAAUACAUGAUCAAAGUUGGAAUGAACGAAAUAUAUUCGGAAAAAUUAGAUAUAUGAAUUAUAAUAGUUGUAAGAGACAUUUUGAUAUUGACUAUUACAUGCAAAAAUAUCCAAGAGGAAAAGAAAACGCCUUAAUUGUUCAGAAAAUACCAACCAUAACAUUUUCCAAUUAUUUAAAAAAAAGAAAAUAUGAUAAUAUAACUUUAGAACAAAGCAGAAAAGAAAAACGUGAAAAGAAAUAA